AUGCGCAUGGCAAGAGUCAUGGGGGACAGCUCAAUGAGACUUGUGAGGCAGUUCGCCCAUGCUCGCUCAAAGGCUUCCAAAACAGGUCUUCCCUCCUCAAGACACAGCUCAACAGCAGCAGGAGCAAAUCCCUUCGUUUUGAAUUCGAGGCAUGCAGAUUUCAAGGAGGUUCAAGAAAGUCGCCCAACUUUUGAUCGAUCCAUGCCGAUUAUCACCACCCAAUCACCCAAUCCAGCAUGGAAGUAUGGGGAUGGAGCUCGAAUCGAUCACCAGACAUCUGAAGACCUCGUACCAAAAGAGCAAUCACGGCAAGAAAAUCGCCAUACAGAAAUUGAUCCCAAUGCGCCGGACCGAACGAUGAUUCAGAACUAUCAGGUCUUGAUAUCCGGAAUACCCAGACCGAUAUCCUUCGUCAGCACAGCCUCUUCGGAUGGGGCUAAAAACUUGAGUCCCUUCAGCUAUUUUCAAGUUGUCGAUCACGAUCCUCCGAUUCUGGUCAUCGGGUUUUCUGGUCGCCAGGCCAGACCAAAGGAUACAAGUCGCAACCUGAUGGAAACGGGAGAGUGCGUUAUCAACAUUGUCAGUGAACAUAUGGUCGAAGCCGUAAAUGCUACGUCGCUCGAGCUGCCGCAUGGCGUUUCCGAAUGGGAACUUUCAGGACUCACUGCAGCCCCGUCAAGCACAGUAAAACCGGAAAGAGUCAGAGAAGCAAUCUUCAGCAUUGAAGGGCGAUUGCUUGAGAUGAAAGAAUUGGAUUAUGGGACACAUGGCACCGAUCAAGCAAAGGGAGCGUUGGCGAUCAUCGAAGCGACUCGAUUCUGGGUCCGUGAGGAUGCGAUCAAUGCAGAAAAAACCACUAUAGAUCUGGAGAAAUUGAGACCCUUGGUGCAGCUGGGUGGUAUAUCAUAUGGUCGAGUUAGGGAGACCUUUGAGCUGCCGCGACCAAGACUCGAAGAUGAACUCAGUAACAAAGCAAAGAACUUAGAGAGAUACAUAUAA